GGUUCGGGAAGUGCCUCUUGUUGCAUGCGGCUGCGGUAAGACUGAGGCAGGAGGAGUCGGAUUCUGGUAGUUGGUUGUGUAAACGGGAUCAGGAAUGGCAGCGGCAAGGAAUCCGAUUGGAGGAGUGUUUGAACUCCGUGGCUUGCAAUUGCUGAAGCCUUUGAGGAGGAUUCCUUGAACCAUGAUGGCAUAAUGGAGAAUUACAGUAAUGCGGCCUUGCCAGGGUUUCCUGAUGUGGAGGUAAAGUUGGAGCAACAGGAAGAGCCGUGGGAUGACCCAGGUCUCCUCCGAGCUUCUCAGGAAAGUCUGAAUUUCCCAGCUGUCCAGUCAGUAGGAUUUACAAAUCCCAAAUCUGAUUUGAUCUCAUUGCCUGAAAAAGAAGAAAAGUCAUUGAUUCCAGAUCAGGAGGCCUUAGAAGAGGAAGAAGAGGAGGUCUCAUUAGACCGCAGUUCAGAUGAGAUCAAGAAAAGACAUUCGUGCCCAGAGUGUGGAAUGUGUUUUACUCAGAAAACAAACCUUGUCAGACAUAAGCGAGUUCACACAGGAGAGAAACCCUACAAGUGUUUAGAGUGUGGAAAAUGUUUCAGUCAACAAUCAAACUUUGUGACCCACCAGAGAGUCCACACUGGAGAGAAACCCUAUAAAUGCUUGGUGUGUGGGGAACGUUUCACAAACCGGCAAGGCUUUGUGAGACACCAGAGAAUCCACACAGGUGAGAAACCCUACAACUGCUUGGAAUGCGGGAAGUGUUUUUCCCACCACUCAAACUUUGUGAACCAUCAGAGGAUCCACACAGGAGAGAAACCCCAUAAGUGUUUCGAGUGUGGGAAAUGCUUUGCUCAAAAAACCCAUCUAGUCAAACACCAGAGAAUCCACACGGGUGAGAAGCCAUACACAUGCUCAGAGUGUGGGAACUCUUUUGCUUGCCACUCAAAUCUUGUAACCCACCAGCGAGUCCACACAGGAGAGAAGCCCUAUCAGUGCCUGGAGUGUAGGAAGUGCUUUGCGCACCGUUCAGCUUUUGUGAGCCACAAGAGAGUCCACACAGGGGAGAAGCCCUAUCAGUGCCUGGAGUGUGGGAAGAGGUAUAGUGAGCGAUCUACGCUUAUGCGACAUCAAACAACAUGUGCAGCAUUUCUUGAGAAGAAAGGACAUUCCAGCCCACAGUAUGGAUAGCUUUUCCAGGGAAAUCAGGCCUGACAGGACAUCAGAGAAGCAACAUAGGAAAUCUUAAGUGUUUGAAAGGUUUACAUGUGGGAAAAGGCACUGCCAUCUCAGAGUUUUCAUGUUCACGUGCAAGUUCUUGAGAAUGGCAGAAGACUGAAUCAGUGAUGGAGGACCCUUUCAGCUGAGUGUAUAUCAGGGAUGGGAAAUCUGUGAUUCUCCUGAUGUUUCUGGACUCAAACUCCCAUCAUCCCUAACCGUUGGUCUUGCUGGCUGAGGCUGGUGGGAGCUGGGAGUCUAGCAGCACUUGGUGAUUCUUUCACGCUCUGCAUGCAGAAAACAUGAAUGGAAGAAGAUGGUUAUAAUAGGGCAAGAACCCAUCCAAAUCCUUGUGAAAUAGAAUGAAGGGUUUGGGUGAUUUGCAGCUGCAUUGAUGAUUUCCAAGCUGCUAUUUUUUAAAAGUGGCCAUUAGGGUUGCCAGCUUUUCAACCUGCCACUGCAGCUGUGCCUUUCACAGCAACUUGGCAUGCAGGUACUGAUAGUACUUGUUCUCCAUGCCAUGAAAAUGGGCUUCCCAGAGGCGUCUGGUUGGCCACUGUGAGAACAGGAUGCUGGACUAGAUGGGCUGUUGGCCUGAUCCAGCAGGGCUCUUCUUCACGUUCUUUACAGCUUUGCCUAGUGAUUUCUGUAGAUCAGGCUGCUGUUAAAGGCAUGACACAAGAUUAAGUCAGGCCCGGUUUCUCUGGUCAGUUGGCAUCCUUCACCCAAGAACAAGAUCAUUUCUGAUUUGGGAGAAUGAGUGUCUUUUCUCCCCAUCUCUCUCAUGCAUAGCGGUGGCCCUUGCAACGCCCAUAAUGCCACUGGUAGCCAACAUGGUGCCCUGCAGAUCUUGUUGGACCGCAACUCCCAUCAGCCCCAGUCAGCAUGGUCAAUUGUCAGGGGCGAUGGGAGUUCUAUUCUAACACUUAGAUUGUCUGGGGAAAUUCCUCUUGUGGUACCACACCCUACAGAAUGUCAUAGGGCAGUUCCUCAAAACCAGGAAUUUUUUCUGCAUUAUGGAAUCCCCUUCUCUCUGCCAUAAGUGAAGCAGAAGCCGUUGCUUGCUUCAGACGUCUUGCAAAAUUGUACUGUUUGCCCAGGCUGGCUCUGACCCAUAAGAUCAGACCUUGUUUUUAUCUGUAUGAGUCCCCCACACCCAUUUUUAUAUGCCUUUAUACUAUUGUUUUACUGGUUUUAUGUUGCAUUUUGGUUAGAAGGAUAUUGUUUAAAUGUCUUUAUGUUGUGCAUCACUUAAAGAGUUUUUUUUAAAAAACAUUAAGCGGUUUAUAAAUGCUUUAAAUUAAAUAAAUAGCUGGAGGGCACCAGGUAAGCUACCCCUGCCAUAAUGGCUGAACCAAUAAAAUACUGACUGGUUGAAUAUUGGUGACACUCAGCUUUGUGAUCAAUACCUAGAUAUGCUUAAGGGCAUAUCUGGUUCACAGGUGAGCAAAACUGGCUUGUGCCAGCUCCUAAGCCUCUUCCUCCCAUAUAGACCAUUCAUGCAGUCAUGUGUGAACCGGCUUGUUCUGAGCCAAGAUCACCCUGUAUAACUAGAGAGAAUGUCUGAGCUGUUUUUAGCCUGUUCCACAUAUUUACUCUGACUUUUUAACAUUUGGUUCGUAAAUGCAGUUCAUUCGUUGUGAUCUCAUAUUAUUCCAUGCCUGUUUUUAUUUCUUACUGUUUUGUACAUCUUUUGUUUGCUGUUGCAGAAAAAGACACAGUAAAG